AUGGCCAACUGUUUUAAAUUAUUAACUACAACGCUAUUCAAGACAUCAAGAAACCUAAGACACAUAAGAUGUGUCCGACCUAUAAUACAGAAGUCGAGUUUUUCGACUUGCAGUGUCUUAGCGCGAAAGGAGCGCGACACUAUGGGAGAAUUGGAAGUACCUGAUGACAGGCUAUAUGGAUCCCAAACUAUGAGGUCAAUCAUGAACUUCCCUAUAGGAGGCAUUGAGGAACGCAUGCCGAUGGCUGUCAUCGUUGCAAUGGGUAUUUUGAAAAAAGCUGCAGCUAAAGUUAAUAUGGAGUUUGGUUUAGAUAAAAAAAUCGCUGAAGCCAUCAUUACAGCUUGCGAUGAUGUGAUCAACGGUAAACUGUACAAAGAGGGUCACUUCCCUCUUAUCAUUUGGCAGACUGGGUCAGGCACACAGACUAACAUGAACACCAAUGAGGUCAUCGCUAACCGAGCUAUUCAGAUGUUGGGCGGUACGUUGGGCAGUAAGAAGCCCGUGCACCCCAACGACCACGUGAACAAGUCACAGAGCUCCAACGACACGUACCCCACCGCCAUGCACAUCGCCGUCGCCAUGGAGCUCAGGGACAGGCUCAUGCCCGGCCUCGUGGCUUUCAGAGACACCAUGGAAGCCAAAGCAAAGGAGUUUGACAAAAUCAUUAAGAUUGGAAGGACCCACUUGAUGGACGCGGUCCCGCUGACGCUGGGCCAGGAGUUCAGCGGGUACGCGACGCAGCUGACGUUCGCCAUCGAGCGCGUGUGCGCCACGCUGCCGCGCCUGCACUACCUGGCGCUGGGCGGCACGGCCGUCGGCACCGGACUCAACACGCGCAUCGGGUUCGCGGAGAAGUGCGCCGCGGAGAUCGCCGCCCUCACUGGCAUUCCAUUCGAAACUGCGCCAAACAAGUUUGAGGCGUUGGCUAGCCACGAUGCGAUGGUAGAAGUGUCGGGUGCUCUCAACGUGGCUGCGUGCUCCAUCAUGAAGAUUGUCAACGACAUCCGCUUCCUGGCGUCCGGACCUAGAUGCGGGCUGGGUGAACUGAUGCUGCCAGAGAACGAGCCGGGAUCAUCCAUCAUGCCUGGUAAGGUGAACCCGACUCAGUGCGAGGCGCUGACGAUGAUAGCGGCGCAAGUAAUGGGCAACCACGUCGCCUGCACCGUCGGAGGCAGCAACGGACACUUCGAGCUCAACGUCUUCAAAACUAUGAUGGUCGCUAACGUGCUCAGGUCAAUCACACUACUUGGCGACGGAUGCUUGGCAUUUGACAAGAACUGUGCGAAGGGCAUCACAGCUAACAAAGAAAAGAUCGGCAAGAUCAUGCAGGAGUCACUCAUGUUGGUGACAGCGCUCAACCCACACAUUGGUUAUGAUAAGGCUGCACAAAUCGCCAAGACUGCCCAUAAAGAAGGAGGUACCCUAAAAGGCACAGCUAUCAAACUAGGAAUCCUCACCGAGGAACAGUUCAACCAAUGGGUCAAGCCAGAAAACAUGUUGGGACCCAAGUAA